AUGGUCAAGAAACGAGCGAACAACGGCCGCAACAAGUCUGGUCGCGGCCACGUCAAGCCGAUCAGAUGUUCCAACUGCUCUCGAUGCACACCCAAGGACAAGGCCAUCAAGAGAAUCACCAUCCGCAACAUGGUUGAGUCGGCAGCCAUCCGUGAUAUUUCCGACGCUUCAGUGUUCGCCGACUACGCCGUCCCCAAAAUGUAUCUGAAGCUCCAGUACUGCGUCUCGUGCGCCAUCCACGGCAAGAUUGUGCGUGUCCGAUCGCGAGAAGGCCGCCGAAACCGAGCCCCGCCCCCGAGAAUCCGAUACAACAAGGACGGCAAGAAGGUUAACCCCCAGGUUGCUGCCAAGACGUUGUAA